AAAUGGUGUUUCAUCUAUCAAGUAUAUAGGGGUAGUGCUGAAUGAGAAAUGGAAAUGAAAGACACAUAUUAAUAGCCUCUUACCAAAAUUAGGGCAUCGCCUUUCAGUGUUCAAUCAAUUCUAUCACAUGUUAGAUAAGAGAAGUCUCACUGCGUAUUUCAGUGGCCCUGUCCUACCACAUCUCUAUUAUGCAUAUAUUGUUUGGGGAGAUCAGUCAGGUCUUACAACACAGAUGAAACAGUUGCAACCUUUUCAAAAUCGCUUUGCAAAAAAGAUUGUAAAGGUAAAAGUGAGUCAGCUGAGGCCCUGA